AUGCGCGCCCCCGCCCACAUCCAACGAUCCACCUCCAGCACCUCCAUCACCUCCUCCUCCUCCAAACGUACCUCCCCUUCCUCCCCACUGCAUCGCCGCGCCUCUGCACCCGCCGCGCUACCGUCCCCCGCCUCCGCCGCCCAGACCGUCGAUUCCGGCCUUGCGAUCUGCUUAUUCGGGGUGGGGGCGAGUUCCAAGAUGUAUGAUUCCGAGUUUGAGGAGGAUCGGCGCAGAAGGGUGGUCAUGGCUGAAGUUCUGCCCGACGCGGAGAUGUGGAGGAAGUGGGAGAAGAACGAGGCGCCACUGCGCCAGGGAAGAGGGUGGUAUCCUGCUCUCGACCGCCACUUUCUCGAACUCCUCGUCAUCUCCGAGAUCGCCUGCCUCUCGCACCCUCUUAAUGCUGGCGGCGCACCGGGCACCGCCGAGCGUAUCCACCGGCACGCGAUCCGUGUCCGGCGCGUCGCGUGCGAUCGGAUCGGCCAGGAGCGGCUGGGGGCGUACUGCGAUCGCGUGAAGGAGGCGUUUGAUGCGUAUGUCCAGGGUCCGGGGCGAAGGGGGUGGGGCGUGCCUAAAAGGAGUCCGGAGCGGGAGCGCGAGGCGGCGGAGCAUGCUUAUGUGUCGGGGGCGGAGGUGGGUCGGGGGGAAGAUGAAGAAGAUGGAGAGGGAGGAGAAGAGGAGGAGAGGGGGAGGAGGUUGGUUAGGGAGGGCAGUAGAGAGAGGGAGGAGAGUCCUGAGGGGAUGUCGGAGAGGGGAGCCCGUGAGCACGAUGUGAAUGAGGAGGGUAUGGAAGCGGAUCCGGCGGAAACCCCGGCCGAGAUGGACCCCGAAGGCGCAACCGCAAUCGACCCCUUCGCGGACCCAUUCAUGGACAUCGACCUGGCCCUCCCCUCAGUCCUCCUCCCUUCCCUCGACACUUCCGGUGAGCACGAAAACGAGGGGGACGGGGAUAUAGCGGACGAGGCCAUCCCCGACCUGAGUCCCAGUCGGUCCGACAGCGACGACGCCGAAUCGAUGGCGGGCUCAGUGUGGGGUCUUGGGAACGCAGGGGAGGGGGCCAUCGGUGUGCGGAUCGAGCUGGACGAUGUGGACGAGACGGACGAGGAGGACGCGGGGCGGGAGGUGGGUGCGGAUAUCGAGAUGGGUGGGGAGGAGGUGGAGAAGAUGGGGAAGAGGGUGGUGGCCAGUGGGAUUAGCGUCACGCAGUUUCCGGCUGCGUAA